AAUGGUGGUCAUUGAUAAAGGAAUUCGUCGUUUGGUUGUUGAAAAACACCAAGAAGGGCUAUCGUUGAAUAAAAUUGCCAAAAUGCUAAAAAUUUCAAGGUUCAGUGCCCAAAAUAUCUGGAAAAAGUUUCAAUUGCAUUGUACAAUUGAAGAUUUACCCAGAAGUGGCAGGCCAGUCAAAUUAAGCAAGCGAGAUGAGAGAAUAUUAUGCCUUAUAUCUAGCAGAAAUCCUUUCUGGGGAGCAAAAAUAAUUUUGUCAGCGUCUAAAUUAGCCUCAAUAAUAUCCCUAUCUACUUGCAAGAAUGUUUUAAUGAAACAAAACUUGAGAGGCUAUGUUGCAGCAAAAAAACCCCUAUUAAAAAAAAGGCAUUUAAUAAAUAGGAGAAAGUUUUGCAAAAGACUCCUCUCUUGGAACACAGAGCAAAUUAAUUCAAUUGUGUUUUUAGAUGAGACAAGGAUAGAUUUAUAUCCAAAACACAGGCAAUUUGUCAGAAGGCAUCCAGCAGAUAGAUUUCAAGCAAAAUAUGCCAUAAAAACAUUUAAAGAGGCAAAUGGUUCCCUAAAUAUAUGGGGUUAUAUAAAAAGUGAUGGCAGCAGAGAGAAUUAUAAUAGGGACCAAGUAUUCAUGCAGGAUGAUGCUCCAUGCCAUACAUCUAGGAGUACCUUAAGGUAUUUGGAUGAAAAGAACAUUAGGCACUUGCAAGACUGGCCAGCCCAGAGUCCUGACCUAAAUCCUAUUGAAAAUUUAUGGUCAUACCUAAAAGGAAGGGUUGGUAAACAUAUAUGCACAAAUGUAGAUGAUCUAUGGAGGGUAACACAGCAAGAAUUUGACAAUAUUCCAACUGAAUAUGUUGAAAAAUUGUUUAAUAGUUUUAAAAAGAGGCUACAGCUGUGUCUUUUCAAUAAGGGUGGUCAUACAAGUAUUAAAAAGGGUGGCUGGGGACUUUUUGCCUAUACUGUAUAUAUAAGCUUUUGUUGGUGGAUUACAGCUUCAAAACAAGAUCGGAAGCUUAUAAAUGUGGCGUCCAAGAUGAAUGGCGCAACAUGUCAGGCUUCUGACAUAUUCAUCCCUAAUCAAUGGAAUCACUUUUGGCUUUUAUGGUCUGAUAAUGAGAUACAAUUUGGUUCAGGUAGAGCCUAUGGUCAAACCAUUCUGGCAAGAAUACCAUCAACAACACCUUUAGACAUAAGGCAGAUUCUUUUGAAAAACUCUAUAGAGAAUGUCUCAAAUCUGGUUCAAAUAUCAGAUAAAGAAUGCCCAACUGACCAAGACUCUGAUAUUUCUGAUGGAUUGUUGGACACGUGUAUGGCUAUCAAAUCUCAGAGAGCUGCGUUUAGCUAUAAAUUGAUGAAUAGAAAACAAGCAAUGCUGAAUACAUCUAAUCUUGUUCUAGCUUUCAAGAAAACCCAAUCAUUGACUGCCAAUUUCGAUGUAUACACAAAUUAUUUAACGGAGAAAACUGUGGCUCCAUCUAAUAUGGGCAAAGAAUCUAUUUCCUACGAAAUAGAAUUCUUUCCAAAAUUCUAG